UUCAGUUCCAACGCUCCGAGUGAGGUGAACACUCAGCAAGCCGUCUGCCUUCCGACAUCGCUUUCGAAACCGCUCGCAUUCUAGAAUUGCCUGCGCCUGCGCCAGAAAACUCUCCGAUUUUCUAGUUUCAAAAAUAAGCAACAGCUGUCUGUCCCCCACUGUCACUCUAAAAACCGUUCUCUAAACUGUUUCCGGAGCGUGUGUUUGGACCCUUUGUUUUCUGAUCUACCGAAGAACUAUUUUGAUAUUAAAAAAAAAAGGGGAACAAAAGAUACAAGAUAAUAAUAAGCGAUACACGUGCGGUUUCUUUGCGGUCUUGAGGCGGUUUCCGUUGUCGUCUGGGUGUGCUGUUCUAUGCAAAUCGGGGUAGACCCAAUCAUACUCGCACUGUUUGCCAAUCGGUUGGUGCUGAACACAUUAUAUAAUCUGCCAUAAACAACUAACAUUCGUUAGUUGUCGCCGCAGCCAUCGUCGAGUGCAAGAGCGGCACAGAGAGGCGCCAUGUCCAACACGGAGAAAGGAGGAAUGCACAGUGUGCGAAACUUCCUGUCAUGCCGCCAAGUACUCAACCUGCUGACCAUGCUCGGCUUCAUGCUGAACUACGCCCUGCGAGUGAACCUCACCAUUGCCAUCGUGGACAUGGUCCGACCAAAUGUCACCUCAACGGGAAAUGUCACCACCACGGGAAAUGCCACCCUGGCGGGAAAUGCCACCCUGGCGGGGAUUGCCACCCUGGCGGGGAAUGCCACAUCUUUAACGGGGAAUAGCACAUCUCCGGAUGGAGUGGAUGUGUACGAGGAACGCUUCGAGUGGGACUCCUACCAGACCAACUUCGUCCUGGGCUGCUUCUUCUGGGGCUACAUCCUCACCGAACUGCCGGGUGGUCGUCUGGCCGAGUUGAUCGGUGGACGCCGCGUCUUUGGCCAUUCCAUGCUGUGGGCCAGUCUGCUCACCCUCAUCACCCCGCUGGCGGCGCACAUCAACUAUGUGGUGCUCAUCGUGGUGCGAGUGGUGCUCGGCUUCAUGCUGGGCGCAUCCUGGCCAGCCAUUCACCCAGUGGCCGCCGUCUGGAUUCCGCCCAUGGAGCGCUCCAAGUUUAUGUCUAACAUGAUGGCUUCCUCCCUUGGCGCUGCCAUCACCAUGCCCAUCUGUGGCUACCUGAUCUCCGUUGCCGGCUGGGCCAGUGUCUUCUACCUGACUGGAGGCGUGGGUCUGCUGUGGUCCUUGGCCUGGUUCACCUUUGUCUACGAGACCCCGGCCACCCAUCCCCGCAUUUCUGCCGAGGAGAGGCGGGAGAUCGAGGAGGCCAUUGGCACCACCACCUCCAAGAAGCGCCCGAGCCACGUGCCCUGGGGCCAGCUGCUCUGCUCACCCGCCGUCUGGGCCAUCAUCAUCUGCCAUGGUCUGGCCGUCUUCGGCUUCUUCACGGUGGUCAACCAGCUGCCCACUUUCAUGUCCAAGAUUCUGCACUUUGACAUCAAGCAGAACGGCCUGUUCUCCUCGCUUCCCUAUCUGGGCAAAUACGUGAUGGCUGUGGCCUCGUCCUAUCUUGCUGAUUAUCUCCGCAAGAGGGGUACUUUGAGCACGACGGCUACUAGGAAACUGUUCACCACUUUUGCUCUGGUGAUUCCGGGUCUGCUGAUGAUAGUGCAGGUGUUCCUGGGCUACGACGCCACCUGGUCCGUGACGAUCUUCUCGCUGGCCCUGUUUGCCCAUGGAGCUGUCACCGCUGGUUAUCUGGGCAAUGGCUUGGACAUUGCACCCAACUUCAGUGGAACCAUCUUCGGACUGGCCAACACGCUGUCUUCCUUCGGAGGAUUCCUUUCCACGUGGAUGGUGGGAGCGCUCACCUACACAGAUCAAUCCUUCCACUCGUGGCAAAUUGUGUUCUGGAUUCUGGCGGCCACCUACAUCUCGGGACCCAUUGUCUUCGCCAUCUUCGGCACUGGCAAACUUCAGCCCUGGAAUAAUCCCCCCGAGCGGGUUAAGAUCAGCGACGUCACCCAGGAGGAGGGUGUUCCCCUCAAGAGCGAGAAGUGAAUUCGCUAUGCCAGUGAGCCUCAGUCGGUGCUUCUGCUGUUCCAGAUGAGGGGAAGGGAAUGAAAGCCAAGGGUUGGAGAUAUCACCUAGCGAGAAGAAAGGGAUCCCACCAGAUACAUCACAUCCGCACAAGUUAUAGUAGCUGCUACUGCACCUUUGAGAUUACGUGGUCUUCAUUUGCCAACCGCUUGAUCACUGGCAUCAGAUCAGAAACACCGGACACUCAACAUGGAGAAAAACAUGAAAUGAAAGACAUUAUUUUUACACACACACAGAUACUGCAAAGUAUCUUCGCACAAAUCAACAACCACAAACAUCUCAUAACCAUUAUAAAAAGAAAAACCCAAAAAACACUGUACACCGAUGCACCCGUCUGCUAAAUGGAAAUUGACUAUAUUCAUAAGUAAUAUUUACUUCUAGCCGUAAGCGUACACCUGUAACUGUAUGCAUUGUGUAGCCUAAAUGAUUUAUAGUAUUCUGUAUGUCCGCAGAGCGCACAGCUAGCUGGUGGAUGGAGCCUAUCCUGGGGUCCGCCGAUCCUGACUGUCGACCAGCUGCUGUGCCCCAUAUGUUUCGUUUAUUUAUAAUGUAGCCCUAACUAUUGCCUAGCUUAGAUGAACAAAAUACUUAUGCAAGUAGUGAAAAUACUUACGGAGAUGCCGAUAGUGUAGCUAAGUUGAUUAAAGCUUACCUUGUACUAUACUUGAUUAUUUAUGUAAUUAAUUUAAACAUUUUCUAAGUUCAUAAUAAAGCGUAACUCAGAAAGAAA